GAAACACAAGAAACUCUCACCACCAGUGAGACCCGUGUCGACAACAAGUCCGGAUGUCAGCAUCAUUGGCUCAGACAUUUCAGAUAUUGGGAAACCCAUGAUUCUGGGACCAGAUGGCCUGCCACACGUUGAGAAGGAAGAACCAGCACCUGGAGGUCAAGCUGUCAUUACAGAGACUUCAUUUCAAGAGCAGCAAGAACACAUGCAGCAACUUCAACAACAGCAACAACAGUUACUGCAGCAGCAGAACCUGGAAGAAGAUAGCCAUAUAUCUUCAGUGCACGUUAAAGACAUGGCUGACAAACAGAAACAAGCUCUAGCAAGACUGUUGGCUCUCCAGCAGCAAAUGGUUGGAGGAGAAAAUGUUAACAAUGUCAAGGUCAAAGAAGAACACGACCGCAGACUCAAUUACGCACAGUCAAUACGCAAAAAACUGGAGGAUGCUAACAAGAGCAUGGAGGAUGACGGGAUCAUGCUAAGUAUAUUUGACAGUGUUCAGGAUGAACUGCGAGUCAAAAAUAAACUUUUGGAGGAAAGAAAAGCCAGAGUUGAGAGCCUUGAGAGAGACAUCAUUGACAUCCAAUCAGAGUUUGAAUUUGACCGCAUGGAGUACCUGGACACAAUCCGAAAACAGGAAAAGCAAAUUGCUUACUUGGAGAGCCUGAUUGACCGGAUUCAUCCAUGCCUGCGCCGUGACUGCAACUACUAUAAUCUGGAUCGCAUCCGAAUGAAAAGCCACUACAAUGAGGAAGAACAGAAGUGGAUUUUACCAAAGAUGUCCAUAGACAGGACAGCACUGCCUGUCACAGGUACAAUUCUAAACAAUGCCAGGAUGGAUCAUCAUUCUCACAACAGCACUGGUGACUAUGAAAGUGGUGUUGAUGAUGAAAGGUUAAGGGAGAAAUUAAGACGAUCACAGGAUCAGAGUCAUAUGUUUCAACCCAAGAGAGCUACACAGCUCAUAAAUUCAAGUGAGCCAGUCAAUAAGUUUAAUAUGCAAGAUGUACGCAGCACAAUACGCUCCAGCUUGUCCCUGGGCUCACCAGCCGUCAAUGGCUACCAUAAUUACGAGGACACAAUCAGUAAAGACUUACGAGCAGCCCAAGUUCAUGGUCAGCUGCACAAUGAUGAGAUUAUGCGCAAGCCAGUUCGUUUGGAUGCUCUCCCUUCUGUAACUGGGAAAAAAUCGCGCAAGAAGCACACUAACUUGGACCAGUUGUGA